AUGGCAACCUUUGGUUGGGAUCGUGGUCAAAUCUACUCGACGAGCGUGCUUCCUGGUGAAGACAAGGUCAACUCCCAUGCUGAACUCACCGCCAUGUUCCAAGAGUUCAUUCAAAACUUUCGCAUCGAUAACUCCUUUGUCUAUCGUGAUCAACUCUCAGAGCAUCUUCUCCUCAAGCAGUACUACAUUGAAGUCGACACCUCCCAUCUCAUCAGCUUCAACACUGAUCUCGCAAACCGAUUGGCUGCAGAGCCUGCAGAACUUUUACCUUUGUUUGAAAACGCUGUAAAAGAAUGUGCCAAACGUAUCUUGUAUCCACGACCCACCGAUGUGCAAACUGCCAGUGUACCUGACUGCCAAGUGACACUCAAAUCAGAUGCCAACGUCAUUCAACUUCGCGAUUUGACGUCUGAUUACAUCGGCAAAUUGGUACGGAUUUCGGGUAUCGUGAUUGGAGCUUCCACUUUGAGUUCUCGUGCUGUCAAUGUCCAAAUCAUGUGCCGUUCCUGCAGGCACGUCAAGAUGAUCCCUGUCAAUGGUGGUUUCGGUGGUAUUACUCUUCCUAGAACUUGUGAUGGUGAAGCACCUGAUGGCAUGAAGAAAGAUUGUGGCAUGGAUCCUUUUGUCAUUGUACAUGAUAAGAGUCAAUUUGUCGAUUCUCAAGUGCUCAAGCUACAAGAAGCUCCCGAUAUGGUUCCUGUUGGUGAUCUUCCUCGUCAUACCAUCCUCAAUGCUGACAGAUGGUUGACCAAUCGUGUGGUUCCCGGUAUGCGAGCAGUGAUUAUGGGCAUUUAUUCCAUUUAUCAAAACAAAGCAGCAAAAUCAACAGGUGCUGCUGCAGUGCGUACACCCUACAUUCGUGUUGUCGGAUUACAGAUUGAUCAACAUAACAGCAAUCGCGGCCAACCAGUUUUCACGGAUGCCGAGGAAGAAGAAUACAUUCGCAUGUCACGCCAAGAUAAUUUGUAUGAGACCUUUGCUGCAAGUAUCGCACCAUCUAUCUUUGGCAAUACUGAUAUCAAAAAGGCCAUUGCUUGCUUGUUGAUGGGUGGCUCCAAAAAGAUUCUUCCAGAUGGCAUGCGUUUGAGAGGUGAUAUCAGCGUCUUACUUCUUGGUGAUCCUGGUACUGCCAAAUCUCAGCUUCUCAAGUUUGUCGAAAAAGUGGCCCCCAUCGCUGUUUACACAUCCGGUAAAGGAAGUAGUGCUGCAGGUCUCACAGCAUCUGUAAUUCGGGAUCCUAGUACGCGAGAUUUCUAUUUGGAAGGCGGUGCAAUGGUGUUGGCUGAUGGUGGUGUCGUUUGUAUUGAUGAAUUUGACAAGAUGCGUGAUGAGGAUCGUGUGGCUAUCCACGAAGCUAUGGAACAGCAAACUAUCUCCAUUGCCAAAGCUGGUAUCACGACCAUUCUUAAUUCAAGAACAUCCGUACUUGCAGCAGCAAAUCCCGUAUUUGGUCGAUAUGAUGAGAUGAAGAGCGCGGGUGAAAACAUCGACUUCCAAACUACCAUCUUGUCACGUUUCGAUAUGAUCUUUAUCGUCAAGGAUGAACACAACGAAGCUCGUGAUAUGUCAAUAGCCCAACACGUUCUCAAGGUGCAUCAAAACAAGCAAGGCAUGGAUGUUGAAAUGGGCGAUAUUGAUCUUGAAAAGAUGAAGGCAUAUAUCAAUUACUGCAAAGCAAAAUGUGCACCACGAUUGACAACCGAAGCAGCCGAGAAGCUCAGCAGUCAUUUCGUCGCUAUUCGUAAAGAAGUCAAGGAAGUAGAGCGUGACACAAAUGUACGAUCCUCCAUUCCUAUCACCAUUAGACAAUUGGAAGCUAUCAUUCGUAUUUCAGAAUCACUUGCCAAAAUGACACUUUCACCAGUGGCAACAGAAGUACAUGUGGAAGAAGCAAUUCGAUUAUUCAAAUUCUCUACUAUGGAUGCUGUGCAAACUGGUGGUGCUGAUGGUAUGACUCGUAAUGAAGUAAUGAAGGAGGUCCAAGAAAUCGAAAAGGAAAUCCAGCGCCGUUUGCCUAUUGGCUCACAAGUACCCGUCAUCAAAAUUCAAAACGAUUGUCUUCAGCAAGGAUAUUCCGAAGCUGCUAUUCGCCGAGCUCUUGCUAUCCUUGGACGUCGAGAAGUCCUUCAAUUCCGUAGUCAAGGAAAGGUGGUGUUUAGACAAGCCGUAUAA